AGAAAAGCAACAGAAUCACUCACACCUAUAAAGAAAACCAACCACCCCUAACUAGGCCAUGUAAGUAAAAUCCAUCCUUCAAAGCCAAACACUACAGUACUAGAUAGCUAGCAUCCUCUUCAUCUUCAUCUACUACUAUACCUACCAAUAUUUCAACUAAAAUCCUGGUUUAAUUUUCUCUCUCUCCCCCUUUCAUACAUAAUAUAGAGAGAGAGAGAGAGAAAAAAAAAAGUUAUGGGUAGUAAUUUGAGGAGUAGGAAGGUUUCCUUUUAUGGUUCACUGUUAUUGGUAGGACUGGUUGGGUUAUUGGUGGUUGGAGCUUUAAAUAUGGAGGAGACGACGACGAAACCUCAUCAUCAUCAUCAUCAACAUAGUAGAGAAAGAGAAGGAGGAAACAUGAAGCAUAUGAGCAUGCAAAAAGAUGGUGAUAAUGAGAAGCCUGCAAGUAGUGUUCAUACAGAUCUCAAUUUCAUGAGCAAAAGAAAGGUUCCAAAUGGACCUGACCCUAUCCAUAACAGAAGAGCGGGAAACUCCCGACGGUCUCCAGGCCGAGUUUAUAAAGGAGAGCUUGACAAGCCAUGAAUAUAAUGCAUGGUGAGACUAAGAAGACUAAGCUACCAAGGAUUCGAGGAUCUUAACUUGUAUGUAUUUACUCAAAGUUGGGACUAUAUACAUACAACUUGUUCUACUAACAUUGUUGGGUAAGUUUAACACCAUGCAUGCAAAAAAGAUGUUAUAGGUUAUGGGAUAACUCUGAUCUGUUGAACAAAGAACCCGAGAAAUUUUUCAAAGAAAUACAGUACAAAAGCCGAGGCUUAGCGUGCUUGAAAACUCACACAUUAAUUACACAACACCAAAGAUCGAGAAAGAAGUUAGCCAUGUGGUGCAUUCCUUGAGUUGAAGGGAGAGACAGUUGUAGAGUACGUGAUACCUAAAUUUGACGAGAAUCUUGAUUUUUAAUAGUGUUAGAUAGUUUUAUGUAUAUAAAAUUAUUGUUCGUUUUGUAAUUUGUUGGUGUUGUGACAAGUGUGAGAGUAUAAUUAUUGUAAUGUUAGCAGCCAUGCAUGCAUUAGUAGGAAUCUAUGCCUGUCAAUUAUAUUAACAAGUAGCUUUUAGGUUGUAGUAAAGGGAAUGUUUAUUCUGAUC